ACUGAGAUCUUUAAAAUUCGAGAUUUUUGUAAUUUCCACACAAAAAAAAAAAGAAAGAAAAAAAGCCGAAUAGAACUGACCGGAUCGCAUCCGAAACUCCAAAUUCUUCGGCCCCUUUCUGCUCGUCCUCAAUUCUUUUUCAUUUCUCGCACUCCUGAUUAUCUCCAGUUACAGCAUCUCUAUCGCUCGUGCCUUUUCAACUCUCACUCAAUCAGGAUGUCUGAAGCACCCUUUAGGCCAAGAGAAGUUCUCUUCGAUAAGCAAAAGUUAUUUCAGAGCAUUCACAAACAUACGUAUCUGAAAGGACCUUUUGAUAAGAUCACGUCAGUUGCGAUCCCUUUGGCUUUGGCUGGUAGUUCGCUAUUUCUAAUUGGGAGAGGGAUCUAUAACAUGUCUCACGGGAUUGGAAAGAAGGAAUAAGAAGAUGGAUUCCGUUGAAUGUGUGUCCUCUUAGGAACUUCAUUUUUUAAGCACGUGUUUUCAAUAAUGGUUUUUGCUCGACUUAUCUUCCUUUUCUUUGCUAAUAAUUGAUAAAUUGCAAACAUGUUGACGAAUGAAUGUACUUUCCGUCAUCAAUGACACGAGGCCAUGCCAUUCUCUGUUGUUUUGUUUUCUUGGGAGUACAGCUGAACUCCGUUAUGAUUAAGAACGAAUUUGUGGGUGGAAUGAAUCUUAUCAAGCUUCUGUUGGUAGUUUGUAAAAAUAUUGCAGAGAAGUAGCGUUCACUCUUGGUCAACUACUAGAUUGCAUCAACGAGAUUUUUUCUUUA